CAGCGCUAAUCCUCUUAAACUCCAGUCAGCAGAGGCGGAGCUGAAGCUCUCUCUGCGCUCCGCAGUUCCCUGGGCCGCUCACCGGCUGUGAGUGACAGGACGCUUCUCGGGUCGCGGCGCGGCAGACGACACUUCACAGCCCCGCGAUGUGCGACGUGUGGCGGUCGCCGUAGAGGAGCUGCGUGGUCGCUGCGGUCGGAGGAGGCGUCGGCAGAUGCGGCUCUUGCGAUGAGUUGUUCCGGGAAGCGGAGCGUUCAGGCGGCGUUGAUCCUCGUGUGUGUCGCCCAGCUGACUGCAGGUCUGAAGUGUGUGUGUCAGCUGUGCGCCAACCACACCUGCGAGACGACCUCAGGCGGCGCCUGCUGGAACUCGGUGAUGUUGAUUGACGGGACGGAGGAGACGGUGAAGUCCUGCCUGUCGCCCACUGAGAUGAAGGGCCAGGUCUUCUGCUACAGCUCCCGCAACGUCUCCAAGAGGAACUGCUGCUUCACUGAUUUCUGCAACAAUGAGACUCUGCACCUACACACAGAGAGGCCUUUGGAAGAACCUGAAAGCUGGAGCAGGCUGCAGCUCUCGGUGGUGAUCCUGGUGCCGUCCUGCCUGCUGUGUGUGGGGGUCCUUCUCGGCGUGUUCGUCGUGCAGGGCCACUACUGUGCCUACAGUCGAGCCCACAAGCAUGACCCCGAGGACCCCCUGGAUGACCAGAUGAUCAUGUCAGCGGACAAAUGUCUCCAGGAUCUGAUCUAUGACAUGAGCACCUCGGGCUCUGGAUCAGGUCUGCCACUGCUGGUGCAGAGAACCAUAGCUCGGACCAUCGUGCUGCAGGUGACUAUUGGGAAGGGUCGAUUCGGUGAGGUGUGGCGGGGCAAGUGGCGAGGGGAGGACGUGGCGGUGAAGAUCUUCUCCACCAGGGACGAGAGGUCCUGGUUUCGUGAGGCAGAGAUUUAUCAGACCAUCUUGCUCAGACACGAGAACAUCCUGGGAUUCAUUGCUGCAGACAGCAAAGAUAACGGCCUGUGGACUCAGCUCUGGCUGGUGUCGGAGUACCAUGAGCACGGCUCCCUGUAUGAUUACCUGAACAGGUACACGGUGUCGAUGGAGGGCAUGGUCGUCCUGGCCUUAUCAAUAGCCAGUGGGCUGGCCCAUCUCCACAUGGAAAUCAUUGGCACCCAGGGGAAACCUGCCAUCGCUCACAGAGACCUCAAGUCCAAAAAUGUCCUGGUGAAGAACAACGGCACAGCGGUCAUCGCAGAUUUGGGUAUGGCCGUUAAACACGACUCCAACACCAACACCAUCGACAUACCGCCCAACCACAGAGUGGGAACCAAAAGGUACAUGGCCCCAGAAAUUCUGGACGAGACGAUCAAUAUGAGCAACUUUGAAUCGUUCAAGCGAGCGGACAUCUACUCGCUCGGCCUGGUGUUCUGGGAACUGGCCCGAAGAUGCUCUAUUAGGGGACUUAAUGAAGAUUUCCAGCUGCCUUAUUACGACCUUGUGCCUUCAGAUCCGGCCGUCGAGGACAUGAGGAAGGUGGUGUGCGAUCAGAAGCUCCGACCCAGCAUUCCCAACCAGUGGCAGAGCUGUGAGGCGAUGCGUGUAAUGGGCAAAGUGAUGAGAGAGUGCUGGUACGCCAACUCCGCCGCUCGUCUCACUGCGCUGCGGGUCAAGAAAACCGUCUCUCAGCUGUCCAUGAUCAAGGAUGUCAAAGAAUAGCUGGGAUUUCGUCGCCCCGGUGAUGGAACCAGUGCAACAAGAGGAACUGGGAGCAAACAGGCAGAAACUGUCCUCUCUCUCUAACGGCCUGAUGCUGCCCUCUUCAGGACGCAACCACACUGUUCACCCUCAGAGAGCUUCAGGUUGUCGUCGGUGCCAAAGUCUUGUAGGAGGUGUCUGAUGCUGCUCUGCACACAGACAGCUAAAGCCACCUAUCUGAACCAAACAGCUCAACCCUUGGUAGGAAGAGCCAUACGUAAUGAAAGUAUGUUUAAUGUAUAUAUACAUGUUAUGUUGCUACCUCACACAUUUAAGUUGCCAAAGCUUGAAGUUGCACAUUGUGAUGUUUUGUUUUUCGUGUGCCAUAUCUUGUAGCAAACACAGGGUUGCUGGGUAGUUAGUGUGCGAACUGACAAUCACAAAGGACACCGGAUUAUAGAGGAAAUCCAUAACUGGCUCUGACUAGUUGUAAAUGACACACAUACCAGUACUAUUGUAUUCUAUUGUACGGUUUGUUGACAGCUCCAGAAUGGCUGCAGGAAUACAGCUAAACCUUUUAGCUAAAUAUAUAUACAAGGAUUUUAUUCUUUUUAACUGUGAUCUAGUGCUGAUUAUUGAUUGUCUGCCACAAGCAGGGCUUUGUAAAUGUCGGUCCAGUGGUCGGUUGGUCGAAAUACCUCUACAACUGCUGGAAUAACCUUUGAUUCAGACGUUUAUGUUCCCCUGAAGAUGAACUUUGGAUUCUCAGCCUUUUCAUCUUGCAGCAAUAGAUAAAGAGAGUACAGUUGAGGCUCAUAGAGAACAGUGUCAACUAAUGAAACUAGAUCGUUUUGACCAAAACAACUAUUUUCUCUGGCACCACCCUCAGGCUGAACUCUUGUGUUUGACUGACUUGUAGUAACGAUGUAAGGACUGCAAAGAUGUCUCCACGUUGUAAAAGCCUCAUUAGACAACUUCUACUGUAAGAAUAUAAGUGCUGUUUAAUAUAAAAAAAGAAGUUAAAGCAACACUAUGUCACUUUAACUGAGCAACAGCACCCCCUGCAGUCCCACAUGGUGAUUUACUCUGUUGGGUUCUGUGUUUCCAUAUAGAGAAAAAACAUCAAAUUCAUUUUGAAUCUGCUAUUUUAGGGUAAAAAGUGCUGCUUAAUCUAGGAACUCGUGAAUUGAAUUUUGCACAUUUAACAGUUUCAGUUGCUGCAGAGAGCUGCUCUCUGACGGCUGAUAAACUGAAGCUUAUUCAUGAAUGUGUAAAUGUGUGUUGUUGUUCUCUCAAAUAUAUUUUUUUUACCCUUGAACCAUUUAUUCAAAUUGUACAAUUUAACAACUAGAUUUUAAAUGUUAUCCUAUGAGCCUGAUGCAAUUCUACAGCAGAUUGCUGUAAUGCCACAUGAUGAAGACAACACAAACAACAUAAAUCAAUGAAAAUACAAUAAUUACAAUACAUAACUAGAAUGACCUUCAGCAAAGUGCACAAUCAGUCCGCUUAUGUUAAAUUCAUUAGAUCCAGAUUUUUAUUUAGACCUGCAACAAAUUGCACACACUAAUAGAUAUCAGUCCCCUAAACAUGACUGAUUUUCAUUAUUCUCUGAGAAAUCAAAGAAAUUGUUGAAAA